AUGUUUGCACUUUCAAUUAUAGUCAUUUUGUUUUAAUAUUCAUCUCAAUAUUAAGACACAACCCAAUUAACUUUAGAAAAUCGUGUGGAUUAACCUUAAAUAGAAUAAACUUCAAAUACUAACAUUAUAAAUGAUAGUGAAGAUGAUGUAAAACAGGAACUCUCACAAAGUAAAAAUAAAUUUCUAAAUGGUGAAUAAAAUGUAAAUAAUCUUAUUCAUAUCUAAUUUGACAGAAUAUAUGAUGAAAUACAAAAAUUCCUUUCUUACUUUAUGAAUAAAAGAGAACUAGUUAUAGGUGCCCUUUUCAUUUUACUAGUAGGUUGUUUUAUUAAGAAUCUUUAUAAAAAAGGUAAUGUCAAGAAGGAAGUUAUUUAAAAUAAUGAGAGUUUAAAGCUUAUUAAUGAUUUAUAUGAUUAAUCUUGGAGAAAGAGAGUAAUAGAACCUUAAUUUUUACCUUUUGUUAGAGAAUAAGAAAAUGAGUAAUCUUUUAGGAAAGAAUAUUGUUAAAGGUAGAUAAAUUUCGAAGAAUGUAAUUCUUUUAUUCCAGUCAGAGGGGAUGGUAAUUGUUUUUAUACUGCUUUUGGUUAUUAAUUUCUUAAGAUUCUAAUAACAGUUUAUGAUGAUUAAUAAUUUCAAACAUUUGUUGAGAAAGCUAAAAAAAAAAUUAAAUUUAUGAUAAAUUAUGAAAAUUUUUAAAUUGAUGAAGAGUAGGGUUAAAUUCUUUCAAAGGAUUUUUUUUCAAGAAUAAUUAAUUUAAGAAAUAGUGAUGAUAAAAAUAAAUUAUUUGAUUAUUAUAAGAAUUAUGAAUACAUUAAUAAUGAAAACGAUGGAAUAUUUUAUGGUUUAGCAACAAUAUUUUUUAGAAAUUUGGCAAAUUAUGCUUUAGAAUUUAAUGAAUUAAAAGAAUGUGUUUAAGACAGAAAUAAUUUACUUAUUUGGGAAUUGGAAUGUAAUAGUAAUGAAAUAGUGAUUGAUUCAUUAUCUCAAUGCUUGAAAUUGUAAGAAAAAUAAAUUUAUAGCAUUUAGAUAAAUAUAAAUAUUACUUUCUCAGAAUUAGGAGAUAAUAAUAUAAUGUUAUGGUCAAGAGUAUAAAGAUAAAAUAAUGCUAUUAUUAAAACCUGGACAUUACAAUAUAGGAUUGAAAUUAUGA